AUGGCAUCGAAUGGAGACCAUCAAAACACGGCAAAGCCACCUCCAACUCCAUCUCCAUUGGGCAAUUCCAAAUUUUCUGAGUCCAAUAUGAGAAUUUUGGUUACUGGAGGAGCUGGAUUCAUUGGAUCUCAGUUGGUAGACAAACUAAUGGAAAAUGAGAAAAAAGAAGUCAACAUGUUCACUUAUCUCAGGCCUGAUGCCAAGUGCAUGUUAAACAAAAGCGAGUUGGAGCAAGAGGUAUAUGGUGAUCCUCUUGUGCACCCUCAAAGGGCAAUGUCAAUCCAGUUGGUUGAUGGCCUCAUUCGCCUCAUGGAAGGGGAGCACACUGGGCCAAUCAACAUUGGAAACCCAGGCAUCUACCUUAUUAAUCCUGAUGUGAAGAUAAAUAUGGUGGAGAACACUCCUGAUGAUCCACGACAGAGGAAACCUUACAAUACAAAGGCAAAGGAAUUGUUGGGAUGGGAACCAGAAGUUAAGUUACGGGAUGGUCUUCCCCUUCUGGAGGACGACUUUGGGCUGAGGCUUGGAGUCCCCAGAAAAUAA